AUGCCAAUAUUUGCUAUAAGGAAAAAGGACAAGACGCAGUGGCGGUUGCUGCACGACCUCAGGAAGGUAAACAAUCAAAUGGAAAUAAUGGGAGCUCUGCAGCCCAGACUCCCUGUAUUGUCCUUGAUCCCGGAGGGGUGGGCCAUAGUGGUUAUCGAUAUCAAGGACUGUUUCUUUAGCAUACCCUUAAGUGAUGAGGACUCCAAGCGCUUUGCAUUUACCCUGCCAGCUAUUAACAAGGGGCAACCAGCCACGCGAUGGCAGUGGGUGGUGCUUCCUCAAGGCAUGGCCAAUUCGCCCACCUUGUGCCAAAUGUAUAUGGCAGAGGCCUUGAACCCAGUAAGGGAUAGGUAUCCUGAGGCGGUUCUCUUGCAUUACCUGGAUGACAUUUUAAUUGCUGAUCAAACACCUGAGAGAGCCGAGAAUUUGAGGCUAAUAGUUACCGCCAGCCUUGAAAAACGGGGCUUGAGAAUAGCAGAACAGAAAAUACAGAGAGGCUCUAGCAUUAAAUAUUUGGGAUCUGUGAUCUUGCCUACUGGGAUUCAAGCACAACUCAUCACCCUGUCUGCCGAGAUCACGAAUCUCCAUGAGGCGCAGAAGUUAGUGGGAGCCCUCCAGUGGCUCAGGCAAUUCGCUCCUGUCACUACAGAGGAGAUGCACCCCUUUUACUAG